AGGAGCCAACAGCUCAGAUGUGCAACACCACAAAUUCUGUGUUCAGGAUUGCUUCCUGGAAGCCAAGGCUUGCAAGGAAGAAAUUGAGGUGAGGAAACAGCAUUUGUAUUUUAAAGCUGCAGUCAUUCCCCACUGGAGCACUCACCCAUCCUUUCCCACAAUGCAUUCAUCAGUCAAGCGGGCCAGUAUGUCCAUGGGCUCAUUGCCUGAGAAAGGUUUUCACCAGGUAAAACUUGACCUUUAAAUAGGCUGAAAGUCCUCAAGACGGCUCUCUUGCUUUCUGUGGCAGGAGACAGCUCUACUCCAGCAGUGCAGGGGUGGCUGUAUGCAGCUGGUAAACUUCCUCCCUUGGUAGCCACUGUGCUCACAUAGGGUUUUUUUUCCUUCCUGCUGCUUAUAAACUUUCAAGAGUCACAAUGCUCACACCUUUAGCUCUGUGAGGAGUCUGGCAGAACAGGGUAUUAUUGGAAAUAUCUAGGAGAAGAGGACUCAAACCAAGACCUGCACAGUUGUGCAGCAAAUCUUGAGGAGAAGAUGCCCAUCCAUAGACCUCCUUUCCUUGCCCGCUCUGCCUAGUCCUCUUCUGCACAGGCUAAUUCCUCCUUGUGAUUCCUCCCUUCUACCCCUGAUAACAAACCUUGGAGAACAGGUGGACGUGCAGACACCUUUUGUCAUGGUAAUCUUCUCAGACUCAGAGUUUAUUGAUUCUGCUUGCCUUCAGCUAAUGUACUUUUAUUAUUAAUAAUAAAUAAGCAUCAUUUUUCCAUCAGUGGAGCUCACACCCAGGAGAAGAUUUUAUUGGGGUGGCAGGAAAGCAGAGAUAAGGAGAGCUUCCGCCUGUAAAUGGACAAACUCCCCUCUGCAAGCCUGAAUUAGCAUAUCUUUGUGCCAGCCCUGCUCCAGCUCCUCCCUGGUCAGCCUUGUCUGCUCUGGGGCCAAGAUGCCGGCCAGGCCAAGCAAUACUGAGGGCUUUCCCUCCUGCUUCCUAGUUCUUCUAUCGCAUUGCCAGUGUCCAGCUGAGUCCUGUGGCCUCGUAUCACGGGCAGCCAUGGGGAGAAAUCCAGCACAGGAUCUGUCCCUUAAUUCUGCCCCUGAAAUUGCUGAGACCAUAUGUCCACAACACAGGUUUUCACUGGAAAACAAACACCUUGCCCCAGUGUUGUGGAUGAAAUAGGAGCUCCAGAUUAAGAUAAUCCAUGUUUCUGAAUGCUUUUCUAGCAGAAGAAAAAAUCUGAUCUAAAUGUAAGUAAACAAGGCCUAGGAGCUCUUUUCUCCGUGUAAAGCCGCUUCCCCAAAAGGUGGGUUCAAGCAAUGAAAGAAGGGCUAUAAAAGAAGCUCCAAGAUGCUCCUACCUACAUUUUGAUCUAGGCAUGGCUGUAAAGAGUCUGCUGCAAUAUGUGGGCUCUAGCUCACUUGUGGGCUCCAGCUCACUACUCUAUUUAGCAGCAGGGCUGGUAGCUCUCGUUUACUUUCUUACCACCUUGAAGAAGUCAGUUUGCCGUCUGCCUCCUGGGCCACGACCUCUUCCUCUAAUUGGAAACUUGAACGUGGUGGACCUGAAAAAGCCGUUCCAGUCGCUGACAGAGCUCUCCAAGAUAUAUGGCAACAUCUUCACUGUGCAUUUUGGACCCCGGAAAGCUGUGGUACUGGCUGGAUACGAAACCAUCAAGGACGCCCUUUUAAAUCAUUCUGAAGAAUUUGGAGAGAGAGCAGAGAUACCCAUAUUUAGGAAAAUAACACAAGGAAAAGGUGAGCUUUCGGUUGGUUACUUUCUUUUUUUGCAAUUUGUCUAUAUUGAUUUUAUUCCUAUGGCAGAGAAUAUAACAUUAGGAUCUUACACCUUGAUUUUAGGCAUAGGAUUCAGCCACGGAGAGCUAUGGAAAACUAUGAGAAGAUUCACCUUGUCCACCCUGCGAGAUUUUGGAGUGGGAAAGAGAACAAUUGAGAUCCGAAUUCUUGAGGAAUUAACUUCCCUCAUUAAAUAUUUUGCAUCUUAUCAGGGUGAGUGUCAAGAAUUUCAUCCAGAGACAGAUCACAUAUCUAGGAAACCUUUUGAUACGAAGAUGAUACUCAACAGUGCUGUAUCCAAUGUCAUCUGCUCUAUAUUGUUUGGAGAGAGGUUUGAAUAUGAUGAUCCUGCAUUUCUAGCUUUGCUGAAGCUGUUAAGUGAAAAUACCAAGCUGUUGGGCUCCCCUAUGGUGCUGGUAAGGUGUUGGUUUACAAGGGGCCAGCAGUAUGGUUUGAGAUACCGAUAUAUAUUCAAACUGCCAAUUAACAGUAAGACUUUCAUUGCUCCACAGUUAUAUAAUUUCUACCCAUCUCUUGGAUUUCUCUUUGGCGCUCCCAAGACUGUGCAACAAAAUGUUGAUGAGCUGACUGCUUUUCUCCAAAAGCUCUUUCAGGAGCACAAAGAAGAGUUUGAUGAAAAUAACUUAACAGGCUUUGUUGAUGCCUUUCUUAUGAAGCAAAACCAGGAGUCAAAGAAACCCUCCACUUAUUUCCACAAUGGCAACCUGCUGUUUUCAACCUUGGACCUCUUUGCUGCUGGGACUGAGACUACUUCUACAACCGUGCGUUGGGGUCUUCUUCUGAUGAUGAAAUACCCAGAAAUUCAGAGAAAGAUUCAGGAAGAAAUGAACCAUGUCAUUGAACCGGGACAGCUGCCUAAGUUGGAAGACCGGAAAAAAAUGCCCUAUACUGAUGCAGUGAUACAUGAAAUACAAAGAUUUGCCAAUAUAGUCCCAAUGAGUGUAUCACGAUCAACUCCUACUGAUGUGAAUUUCCAAGGUUAUGUGAUUCCUAAGGUGAGUUUUGAAGUUGUCAGCUUACACUGCACAGACUCCUUACUGUUUCCUUUGAAGCAGGCAAGAAAAAUCAAAAAAAAAAAUCUAAAGAUCUUCUUGCUUGAAAGGUCUCUCAAAUAUAAAAAAAGAAAACCGGCCUUGCUGGACUAUGGAAGUGAUCUGCUCCUACCAGCUACCGUGAGUUUCUCUGAUCCCUUUCAGGGGACAGAAGUUAUUCCACUGCUGACCUCUGCUCUGAAUGAUGAGUUGCACUGGAAAACCCCUGAUCAGUUCAACCCUUCUCACUUCCUGGAUGCUGAUGGGAACUUCAUUAAGAGAGAGGCAUUUAUUCCAUUUUCCAUAGGACGAAGGGCUUGCAUUGGAGAAGGACUGGCCAAAAUGGAGCUGUUCCUCUUCUUUGCAGGCUUGCUGCGCAAAUUUGUUUUCCAGACCCCUCCAGGAUUUGACAAGUCAGAUCUAGAUCUCACUGCUGACGUCGGCUUUACUUUGAACCCCAUGCCUCACCUGGUUUGCGCUGUGCCCUAUGAAUGAUCAAACCACAUGCAGUUAGUGUAGUGAACACUUUAGGCUUGAAAUCAACUCCAGUUACAGGGAGAUAAAAAGCUGUCUGUUCCUGAGUUUUAGGAGAAGGAAGACACUGAGCAUUGCUAUUUUUCUCUCUUUCAUAUCAUUCUUUCCAAGAGCUCUCCUGAGGCUGGUAGAAUGCAAACCCUUCAGAAUCCCUUAAGUACAGCACUGAGAAACAGUGCAACCCAUUCCUGGAACAGCACAUCAGAAAAGUAGGUUUCAGGACUGUUUGAAGGAAUGAAAUGGUUUCAGCCUCCUCUAUGGAUGUAACUCAUCAGAGGCUCUAUUCUCUCCUCUGAGAGCCUCCACAGGGAAUUUCCUAGCCCAAAGUCCAAGCACUGUAGCAGAGCUGAUUGAUGGCCCAGCUGGAGCCAGCAGACACAAAGUAUAAAUACUUAAUGGAUCUAGAAAUCUCCCAGGGAUAGCUGUUCGGUUGAGCCUCAGACUGUUUUUCUUGCGCAAUACAACCUGCCUUAUCUUCCUCACAGAGUCCCAGACACUUACUGGGGUGUAACAUGGGUCUAUGCCAAGAGCCAGAUGUGGGACAGUUAUCAGAAAACAUCUAAAUGGUUUAGGAAGUAGGUUCAUUCCAACUCACAUCAGGUGCUUUGUAGUGAAGAGCCUAUUUAUGACAGGGCCAAUCUAGCAGCUUUCCACUUCUGCUAAGAAUGACAUUUCUGCUAUUCCCUCACCUCUCCUGGCUGUGCACCAGCUCCAACGCUUGUCCAAUCCUUGGCUGGGCCAAUUCAGAUCCAUAAGCUGGCAGAAAAUAAUCGGCCCCAGAAAGUGAAUAGUUUCUGAAUCAGCUCAGCUAAACACUGGGCGCAUCUUAGAAGCAGUGCAAGGACCAUGCAGCCUGGGGCCAGGGAGCGCGCCUGCCGCUGUCCCAGCUCUUCUCAACUUCCUCAACUGCACCUCAGGAGCCUAGUUAAUCUCUAGAUCUCCUCUACCACCCACAGAGAGAAUGAGGCUCCUUCAGCAGGUGACUGAACUGCCAUAAGGUCUGAAUUGCUCCCUCUUUGCACUGAGUGCAGUGAGCCACCAUCCCCAGGCUCCUAAUUCAAACCCCCCAAUCUGAUGUGUCAGGUCUGGUGGGAUAAAUAGGGGCAAUACUUUAUUUUCAAAUUGCCUGAAAAUAGGACUUAAACUCUUUAGAAGAUGUUACCCUCUGUCCUCAGCUCUACAUGAGAUACACAGCCCCUGGCAUUUCAAGCUGUCUGCCUCUCCAGACAUUCCUGGUGUCAGGGAUAAGCAGCAAGGUCUCCAGACUCAGCCUGCAGCCCCAAGCAGUGCAGAGCAAAUGACUCUGUCAUGGGUCUCCACGAAAGUUAUACGUGCGCAGGACGCAGCAGGACCAGGGUCAACACAAUAUGAAUUCUAAGCCAAAUUUUGAUCCAUGCAACAAGUGCUUUGGCUGCUUAUGUAAGAACCUAUAUAAAGUUACAAAUAUAGAGCUGAUAAUACAUUGCCUAGCAGAGAUCCUGCAUCACUGUCAAAGUUUAAUGUUUUGUACGUUGUCACUGUGAACAUAGAUGUUGUAAAACUGGUAAUAGAGACUGGAAGAAGAAGUAGGUUGGACACUGUACCUUGUCACUGAGCCUCUCACCUAUAUCAUUAAUAUGUAAUAUAGAGUCUCUGCAGAAAGCUGGUGACACCCCAGAGACUGUGGCCUUCCUAGAACAGCAGUUUGAUUACAACAGUUAAUGAUUUAUUUCAUGUAGCAGCCAUCAGGAUGAUGAACAACUAGCUGUACUUGCAAAGCUAUCCCCAUAACAUGUGUGUGCGUGUGUGCACAUGCAUGCGUGUGAGAUCUGAAUGCCAGUGCAGGUGAGAGAGGGGAGGCUUCACCUGCAGUGAAACAAAGGCAGGAAAGCACAUGUGGAUUAGGGAGAAGAGAGUCACUGAAGAUGCUUUUGUAUUGGUUUGGAAGCAGGAAAGGCAGGUUUGGAUGAAAAGAAAGGGAGAACCAGAAAGUUACAGAGACUAAGGGAGUGGCUUAAGUUAAGUUUAUAAUGCAAAAACAAAGUCAUUGGCAUCUAAAGAUGAUCUGUGCUGCAAAAAGAAGAAAAAAAAGGAGGAAGAGAAUAUGAAGGGAUUUCCAAAGUAGGGUGGUCUUUGUCAGGCCAGGCCACUGACUCUUCACACUUCAGUUCAAAACUAAAGGCAGCACUCUAAUAGUUGUACUGUACCUUGCACUUGUGCUUAUACUGGACCUGAUUUGUACCACACUUGUACUUGUAUUGUACUUGUAGUGGUAUUGCACUUUUACUUGCACUGUACCUUGGAGCCUGCUCCAGCUGCUGAAUACACCUCCAGCAAUCUGUGUAACAAAUUAAAUAACAAGAAAGCCUUUGCUGCUAAGCUUGCUUAUAACCAUUUGCUGUUGCUCUGUUUGCAGUCUAACCACCGCAAGCCUGACCUUAGCUCCUACUUAACAUAUAAAUAUUUUUCUCUGCUUCUGUUGAUCUAUCUAGUGUUGCAGGAUAAAGUGGAUUUAGGGUCAAACUGAUAAAGUUGGGCUGCACCACCUUUAAUACACCCUUGCUGGAGUGGUAUGCCCAGGGGUUGCUGGGAAACAUGCAGCCGGGACACGUUAAAACAGUGCAAAAGGUGAGGAAUACUCAUAGCCAUGAACAGCUCAGAGAAAAUCAUUGAAUCUCUAACUCCAGAAAAAUCACAACAGAAAAGGCAAUAUGACAAGUAUUUUUAGUAACUUAAUAAUUGUCCAAAAGUAUCUCCUAUCAAAAGCAGGUGCACAGUCCACAGAAUGAUGCACAGUUUAACUGUAUAACUAUCCUGGGAUCCUGGAGCUGUGGUAGCAAGUCUACACUUGGGGUCACAUCCUUGCUGACUUACAGGAAUUAGAAAAAGGGUUUUUAGAACUCACUGUCUGAUGAAUUAAAGCAUGAAAAUGCACAUGGAGGCAGUUUGCACCUUCCAAGACAGACACCAGCCUGUGUGAGGAGACCUGUGAACAGACUGUGAUCAGAGUGACUGAGAACAACACAAAAUUGCUCUCCCUGGAGCCUGCACGUUGUUGAGUUUAAACCUGUAGGUUGAGGUGCAUUGCUGUUACUCUAGCUUCAUCAUUUUUGCACACAAGGCACAAGCCGCAAAGUAUUAGUCUUGCAUAGUCUUGAAUUGUUUCCUAAACCUGUUACAUUUGACUAUAAUAAUGCGACACAGCCAAUAUUAAGGCACGGACUGUGUUUCUGGGCUGAUCUCCAUCAUUUGACCUAAGGCCAAUAAAGAAUUGCUUGACCAGGUAUCCAAUUAGCAGGUAUUCCUAAACUGUGUCUUGCAGUUGCUUUCUUGUAGAUAACUGUGCUACUUUUACGUAGCCCUUUUCACUACUUAUCUCGCUAGCCCCUGAACCAGCACUGAGAGGCGCUCUUGAAGGACGCAGUAUUUUCUCAAGACUAUGCUCCACAAAAAGGACAUGUAAAAUAUUGUUCCUAAAGCUCUGAAUUUUGGUCUCCUUGCUAAACACUUUGUUUUUGCAUAAAGUCCCUGAUUUAUCUAUCUUGAUUUAACAUCGAAUGUGCAGUCACCAUGCUGCAAACAUUAUUCAGAUGUAUGAACUGAACAGCAGUUUCCAAGCUUUUGUCUUCCAAGUAGGUGUGCUUAUCCAUAAGCUAAUUAACUGUCAUCACUCUUGCCUUUGAUUUAUUAUCAAUAAAAAUCUACAUGCCUUCCUGAAUUUUCAAAACCUGCUUCUUUGCCCAGCUUCAACUAAUUUCUGUGUUAUAGCUGUCACAAGCCUGAUUCUGCAACCUGGCCUGCCAGCCAUGCAGCAUCCGUUUCCAUCUUGACAGUACUUCAUGGUACCCAGGCAACAGCAUCACACCGAGGUGGGACCAUCUUGCUAAUGCUGAACAGGUCCAUUGAUUCCCAGUUAGACACACAAGCCCCUCUGAUAUUUUCCCACACUGCAGUUAUCUACCCAGAUUCCUCCUCUCUCCCUCGUAUCUUCUGUUGUCCUCCAGGAAGUUGAUGCCGUGGAGAGGCUAGCUGUCUUCAUGGUCCUCAGGGGGUUUUAGGUAGGCAGUCCUGCAAACCCAGUAAAAUCCCUACAGUACUCAAAUGCUGUCACAUCAACUAUCAGGACACUUUCCAGCUGCAGUGCAUCUUUGCCAAGGGCUGCCGAUCACAGGGUGGGGAAGGUGGAAGUCCCCUCAGAUUUUCCAAGUGGUUGAGACACCAGGCAGGGCUUUUUCUUGCACUGGCCCCGGGGAGACAGACAUCCAGUUGAGAUAGUAUUGUGCUCUGGGCACCACAUUUCCAAAAGGAUAUACUAACUUUAGAAGAAGUUGGGACAGGAAGAAAGAAACAUGACAGUGGAGAAUGAAAACCCCUCACAUACAUUGUGGCUUGGAAGAUGUGGUUGUUUGCCUUAAAGAGCAGAUGGAGAAGGGACAUGGGAAAGGUAGGCCACACAGUGUCCCAGUGCAAAGAGGAUGAGUCACCUGCUUCCAUCAGCCCUUUCUCCUUACAGAGGCAAAAUGGAAAAUUAAAGUGAAUGGCACCAAAUUUAAACUAAUAGAAGAAAAUAUACCUUCUAUGCACAGUUAGGCUGCAGUUUCCUGCUACAGACUUUUAACGCUGGACAAAGGAUGCCACUCCAUGAUACUUAAAAGUAAAACCAAGGUUGAAAAUAAGGUCAGGAAAAAAUACUUUUUCUUAUCUUACAGUACCUCUAGGGAGUUCCUGUAGAACCUGGGUCUGGCUUCUGUCUGAGAGAGGGUAUUGCUCUAGCUGGCUUUCUGAUGUGGCCUCUUACGGUGAUUCCCACGUUCCUGUGGCUCCUGCACUUGCUUAAAAGGAGCUUGUUACGAUAAAGCCGGCAAGAGUAGCUGAGGCUGCUGUCCUGGCCUGGCUGCGCUGCUGGUCGAGAACCGGAUUGGCAGAGAAGCACAGAGACCUUGGGGGAUCCAGGUUAAUUUAAUGGACGCAGGGCUGGUGCGUUCAUGGGCUUUGCUGGAUGGAUUUCUCCAGGGAGGCCCAACUGGCAGCGCAGUGACUGCACCCCAGGGUGGUGGUGGGUGAUGCUGACGGGUGCCCAUGCUGCUCGGUCUCACCAGCGCUGCCUGUUUCGCUCCUCGUGGCAGGGGAUCGCCACAGGGACGUAAGGGACCGAAGACAACCCGGCUGCGAGCACCUUGGAGGGGCCCGGCUGCCCCGGGAAUGCACCCGGAGUGGCGUCAGCACCUGGCAGGUGUUUCGUGCUCGGCUCUCUGUGUGCUCAGGCAGGGGAGCACGUAGCAGCGCGGCUCCGGAGCGAAACACGGAGCAGAUGCAUUAUUGAGAGAGGAAUUUCUUGUCAUCACAAGAGCUUGACUUACCUUUGUCAUUUUAAUGCAUUGCACUCGGAGUCUGGUUUAAAAAAACCCAGCAACCCCCUCCCCGGCCCCAGCCCCUGGCUUUUCAGAGAUAAUUUAAGUCUGUUUCUGAAAGGCCUUUUUAUGAUUUCAGCAGCUCCCAGGGCAAGGAUGAAAUAGCAAGACAGAGGCAGCAGCACAUAACUCUUGUAGUGCAAGGUGCUGCCAGUCAAACAAAACCCUGUAAGAGCAAACAUUUUGCAUGGGGCGCAAAGCGUAUGCCAUUGCAAGUCGCCAUUGCAAUGCCCUAGUUUUGCACCGUGUGCCAGCCCAGCUCCUCCUUGCUUGCCUUCACACCCCGCUCUGCCUCUUUGCUCACUUCUGCAAUGCGACAGUGCACUCCUUCCCCCCGCCAUGUGCUCUUCCCCCUCCUCAGCCUGACCUCUUUGUAAAGAGGUCCUGCAUCACUCCUCUCUCGUCUGCGACAAGUAGGCAGGAGUGAGUCAUUUCUUGGGGAAACAGUUGUCUCCAGCCCAUUUCUUGGAAACUAAUUUAAAAAAAUCCUAGAAAUGUUGCAAUACACUUGCUUACUCUGUUUCUGGGCAGUAGCUGCCCUGGUACAUCUCCACAUAACUCAGACAGCUCCAACCUGCAGCAAAGCAGCCACUUGCUUUGGGACCAUGCUGGUUUAUCUUUCAUCAGCCAUGUCCUCCCUUCACAUAAGGCCCACUCCUUCCCUACCCUAUUUGCAUGCGUAAGGCUGACGGCACAUAUCUGUUAAAUAACAGCCUUUAUAUGAUCUAAACGGCCAACUCCGGAUAAAUCUACCUUUAGCCUUCUGCUUCCUGAUCAUGUAAGACAGAUCUUUCUUUCCUGAACAAUCUUUUUUCCCCCUAUUUUGUCAACUGUUUAUUCCCUUUAUCCCCUUGAAAGCCACUAUUCACCCAUGCAGAUCUCAAUUCCCUCUCUAUGAGAUUUCAACCUUUAUGAGGGAUGCAAGCACCAGAUGUUACAUAUCUUUAACCUAAAAUAAUUCCAUGCUCCAGUUUUGCUCAAGGUCUGAGGCGUGCCAGUCCAGCUAACUUCAUUAACGUCUUCCCUCUAUCUCUUAGAAGCUACUCUUUCACAAUGAGGAAUCGUCACAGAAAUUUCAGAUCUAAUUUUGUCUUCCCAUUUAAUUUCAACUGAAUCCACUCAUGAUCACUUGAUCCAAGCUAAUUUUCCACGGCUAGCUAUUUCAUGUCCUCUGCUUUAGACACAAAGUCUGAAAUCACAUCCCUUCUGGGCAGUUCAGAGCCUAUUUUAUGAAGAAGUUUAUGGCCUGUAACACCCAGAGAUACAUGGGCUUUACCAUUAUUAACAGCCUUUGAUCUCUACUUGAGAACCAAAGUCUGCCAUAACUGCUAUUUUUCGCUCUGGUAACAUGCAGAAGAUCUCAAAUCCUAUCCAAAUCUGAUUCUGGAGGCUUCUAAUAGGAUCCAAGGAAACCUUUUUAUUUCUCUGUGUCAGGAGAGUGUUUGGAGGGUCAUGGUACUGCUGAUAAAGGACUUUGAGGUCUCAGAGGGAGGAGGAGGUUAUAGAGGAAUGCCAGGCACCUUUUUCCCAUGUAUAUGUUCUUGCACACACAUGCAUGGGUUUGUAAUUUGAAACUCUCUUUACUUCUGGACAGGCUUUGCAAACUGCUUAGACCACAUUCUCUGAGGUGUUUAAAGAGGGUGGAGUAUGCAGUAUUUAUUUAGGUACUCUACAAACCUUAAUAAGAAUCGAGUGCUUGUAGCAAUCGCAGAGAACAAACAGAAAGCCAGCUGGCAGAAACUGAACAGUGCCACUGCAUUUUUAUUGCUUCUAACCCCAAAAAACAGAUUAUUACUAAAAAUGGCUUUUUUAAUUUCAUUUAUCUCUGAUCCUGCAUUAAUUUGUCUGCUGUGUGCAGUGGUUUUAUUAGCUGUACUCUAUUUUUCAACUGGCUCU